GGGGGUUGCAGCGCCUCAUCAUGUCGAAAGUGGUCCAGAAGAAGAACCACUGGACUAGCAAGGUUCACGACUGCACCGUGAAGAGGGGACCCCGGGGCGAUUUUGGGGUGACGGUGCUGGGGGGCGCGGAGCAUGGGGAGUUUCCCUACGUCGGAGCGGCGUUAGGGCUCCCCGGAGACGGAGACGGAGACGGAGCUGGAGCCGGCGAGGGCCCGAAGCUGAGCGCAGGAGAAUUGCUUUUGGAAGUGCAGGGGGUGCGGGUGUCGGGCUUGCCCCGCUACGACGUGUUGGGGGUCAUCGACAGCUGCAGGGAGGCCGUCACCUUCAAGGCCGUCCGACCAGGAGGAAAACUGAAUAAGGACCUGCGACAUUUCCUUAAUCAGCGUUUCCAGAAAGGUUCUCCUGAUCACGAGCUCCAGCAGACCAUAAGAGAUAACCUUUACCGCCAUGCUGUGCCUUGCACAACCCGAUCUCCAAGAGAAGGAGAAGUGCCUGGCGUGGAUUAUAACUUUCUGACUGUGAAGGAGUUCUUGGACCUCGAACAGAGCGGGACUCUUCUGGAAGUUGGCACCUAUGAAGGAAACUAUUAUGGGACACCCAAACCUCCUAGCCAUUCAGUCAGUGGGAAAGUGAUCACUACGGAUGCCUUGCACAGCCUUCAGUCUGGCUCCAAGCAGUCGACCCCAAAGCGAACCAAGUCCUACAAUGAUAUGCAAAAUGCUGGCAUAGUCCACGCUGAGAAUGAGGAGGAGGAUGAUGUUCCUGAAAUGAACAGUAGCUUUACAGCCGAUUCUGGUGACCAAGAAGAGCACACUCUCCAAGAAACAACGCUGCUGCCUGUGAAUAGUAGCAUCAUUGCUGCUCCCAUCACGGACCCUUCUCAGAAGUUCCCCCAAUACCUACCUCUUUCUGCAGAGGAUAAUUUAGGUCCACUACCUGAAAAUUGGGAGAUGGCCUAUACAGAAAAUGGAGAAGUCUAUUUCAUAGACCAUAAUACAAAAACGACAUCUUGGUUAGACCCUCGGUGCCUGAAUAAGCAGCAGAAGCCCCUGGAAGAGUGUGAAGAUGAUGAAGGGGUCCACACCGAGGAGCUGGACAGUGAACUAGAACUGCCUGCUGGCUGGGAAAAGAUUGGACCUGUCUAUGGUAUCUACUAUGUAGGUAACCACAUCAACAGGAAGACCCAGUAUGAGAAUCCGGUUUUAGAAGCGAAAAGGAAGAAGCAACUCGAGCAGCAGCAGCAACCUCAGCAGCAGCAGCAGCAACAACAGCAGCCACAGCAGCAACAACAGCAGCAAGAAUGGACAGAAGAUCAUUCAUCACUUAUGCCUCCUGUUAUUUUAAACCACCCCCCAAGCAAUCCUGAGCCAACCAGAGAAGCUCCACUUAAGGGCAAACCUUUUUUUACACGAAACCCUUCUGAGUUGAAAGGCAAGUUCAUUCACACCAAACUACGGAAAAGCAGUCGUGGUUUUGGCUUCACGGUUGUUGGAGGGGAUGAACCUGAUGAGUUUCUGCAGAUCAAGAGCUUGGUCCUAGAUGGUCCUGCUGCAUUAGAUGGAAAGAUGGAAACAGGAGAUGUCAUUGUCAGUGUGAAUGACACCUGUGUUUUGGGACACACACAUGCGCAAGUUGUGAAAAUCUUCCAGUCCAUUCCCAUUGGUGCCAGCGUGGACCUUGAACUCUGUCGAGGUUAUCCCCUGCCUUUUGACCCCGAUGAUCCCAAUACGAGUUUAGUGACCUCUGUGGCCAUUUUGGACAAAGAACCAAUUAUUGUGAAUGGUCAAGAGACCUACGAUUCACCAGCUAGUCACAGUAGUAAAACAGGCAAAGUCAACGGCAUGAAGGAUGCCCGGCCAAGCAGCCCUGCUGAUGUGGCGUCAAACGGUUCCCAUGGUUACCCCAAUGACACUGUGUCUUUGGCUUCUUCCAUUGCCACUCAGCCUGAACUCAUAACAGUUCAUAUAGUCAAAGGGCCCAUGGGCUUUGGUUUUACGAUCGCAGAUAGCCCUGGUGGUGGUGGCCAAAGAGUGAAACAGAUUGUGGACAGUCCAAGGUGCCGAGGCCUGAAAGAAGGGGAUCUUAUAGUGGAAGUUAAUAAGAAGAAUGUUCAAGCUCUGACUCACAACCAAGUUGUAGAUAUGCUGAUCGAAUGUCCAAAGGGAAGCGAAGUCACAUUGUUGGUACAGCGAGGAGGGCUGCCAGUUCCCAAGAAGAGCCCAAAGUCGCAACCAUUGGAAAGAAAAGACAGCCAAAAUAGUUCGCAACACAGUGUUUCCAGCCACCGAAGCCUGCACACAGCAUCUCCAAGCCACAACACACAAGUGCUCCCUGAGUACCCAACUGCAGAAGCCCCUGCUCUAGAACAAGCUGACAAUUCUGGGCAGAAAAAACCAGAUCCUUUUAAAAUCUGGGCCCAGUCCAGGAGCAUGUAUGAAAACCGACCUAUGUCACCUUCGCCUGCAUCGGGAUUGAGCAAGGGUGAAAGAGAGAGAGAGAUCAAUUCCACGAAUUUUGGAGAAUGUCAGAUUCCAGAUUAUCAAGAACAGGACAUCUUCCUCUGGAGAAAAGAGACUGGAUUUGGAUUUAGGAUUCUGGGUGGAAAUGAACCAGGGGAACCUAUUUAUAUUGGUCACAUUGUACCGCUUGGUGCUGCUGAUACAGAUGGCCGCCUGAGAUCAGGGGAUGAAUUAAUUUGUGUAGAUGGGACACCGGUAAUUGGAAAGUCACACCAGCUUGUGGUCCAGCUCAUGCAACAAGCCGCCAAGCAAGGCCACGUCAAUCUUACGGUGCGACGCAAAGUGGUGUUUUCUGUCCCCAAAACAGAGAAUGAGGUGCCCUCGCCAGCCUCCUCGCAUCACAGCAGCAACCAGCCAGCUUCCCUGACUGAGGAAAAGCACACCCCGCAGGGCAGCCAGAACUCCCUGAACACGGUGAGUUCUGGCAGCGGCAGCACCAGUGGCAUCGGCAGCGGCGGGGGUGGCGGCAGCGGCGUGGUGAGCACCGUGGUACAACCCUAUGACGUGGAGAUCCGACGUGGGGAGAACGAGGGCUUUGGCUUCGUUAUUGUGUCUUCUGUGAGCAGGCCCGAAGCGGGCACGACUUUCGGCAAUGCAUGUGUGGCUAUGCCUCACAAAAUAGGUCGGAUUAUUGAGGGGAGCCCAGCUGACCGAUGUGGCAAGCUGAAAGUAGGAGACCGGAUUUUGGCAGUAAAUGGAUGCUCCAUCACCAACAAGUCUCAUUCAGACAUUGUCAACCUAAUCAAGGAAGCAGGAAACACAGUUACCCUCCGCAUCAUCCCCGGGGAUGAGUCUUCAAAUGCCACUCUGCUGACCAAUGCAGAAAAGAUCGCGACCAUCACCACUACACACACACCCUCUCAACCUGGGGCCCAGGAGACCAGGAAUACCACCAAACCAAAGCUGGAAUCUCAAUUUGAGUUCAAAGCACCCCAGGCAACACAGGAGCAGGAUUUUUACACUGUGGAACUGGAAAGAGGAGCCAAGGGGUUUGGCUUCAGUCUUCGAGGAGGCCGAGAAUAUAAUAUGGAUCUUUAUGUUCUGCGCUUAGCAGAGGAUGGCCCUGCAGAACGGUGUGGGAAAAUGAGGAUUGGUGAUGAAAUUUUAGAGAUCAAUGGCGAGACCACCAAAAAUAUGAAGCAUUCUCGGGCUAUAGAACUGAUUAAGAAUGGUGGCCGCAGAGUACGUCUGUUUCUGAAGCGGGGAGAUGGCUCGGUACCAGAAUAUGACCCCAGCAGCGACAGGCACGCCCCCCCCUCCGGUACACAAGGGGUUCCGGAAAUGAGGGUGGGGCCCCCCGAGCGCCGCCAGCAGCAGCAGCAGCAGCAGCAUCCGUCCACGUCCACGGAGCCCAGUUACCCACCCGAUCUUCACAAACCAUCACCCCAUGGGGAAAAGCGGGCACACGGGAAAGAUCCCAAAGGCAGCAGAGAAUAUAGCAGGCAACCCAAUGAGCAUCACACCUGGAACGGGACAUCUAGGAAACCCGAAAGUGGGGCAUGCAGACCCAAGGACCGGGUGCCCGAGGGGGGACGAAGAGAUGCCGCAGCAGCAGCAGAGAGGAUGGUGAAUAACGGGCCCCGGAGGAAAUCUCCGGAGAAGCGUCGGGAAGGCACCCGGAGCGCAGACACCACUUUGGAAAGGAGGGAGAAGCAUGACAAGAGAAAGGAGGCCUCGUCUCCAGAAAGGAGGCGAGAGCGAUCGCCCACCCGCAGGAGAGAGAGAGACCAUCACGGUUCACCCAGUCGCCGCCGUAGGUCUUUGGAAAGACUUUUGGAUCAGAGGCGCUCCCCGGAGCGCAGGAGAGGGAACUCCCCAGAAAGGCGCGCAAAAUCCACCGACCGGAGGCGAGUGCGCUCCCCGGAACGGAGGCGAGAGAGGUCCCUGGAAAAAAGGAAUCGUGAAGACAAAAUCAGCCAGCGAGAAGACAAAGUCAGCCAGCGGGAAAGGGAGGAGACGGGGCUGAAGCCCGAGACCACCAGCCGUACUUCCAAGCAUCCCCCAGAACAGAGGGAGCAGAGGCGGCGCCCUUACAAGGAAUGCAGCACCGACCUCAGCAUCUGAGACUCUGCGCCCACCUUGGCCUUGACCUCUUGACCUU